AACGAUGCUGCAAGUCGCGCGGAGCAUGUACAUGUGUAGACUUAUCUCAGUAGCUAGCUGGCUAUAAAUUCGCUCCAGGUUCCUCAUCCUUUUCUCCAUUCAACCCGCUUCCGAGAAAGCAAUUAAUAGCACUCGAUCGAUCGGGCUCACCACGUCCAGCUCUCGGUCCUCGUCUUUGCUGCUAGCAGCUAGCUAGCUUCGCGAUCGUGCUCAAGAUCAACGACGAUCCAUGGCGUAUGGCAAGAGGUCACGCCAGAAGGCCGAGGAGAUGGUCUGGCUGCCCGACGGCGCCGAUGUCGCGCGCUUCCUGCUGCUCUUCUCGGGCCACCAGCACUACCACGGCGACGGCAUGGCGGCCUCGGCGCCCGAGCGGGUGUUCGAGUGCAAGACCUGCAACCGGCAGUUCCCGUCCUUCCAGGCGCUGGGUGGCCACCGGGCCAGCCACAAGAAGCCCCGUCUCUCGGACGGCGUCGAUGCCGCAGCGGCCGAGCCGCCCAAGCCCAAGGUGCACGGCUGCUCCAUUUGCGGCCUCGAGUUCGCCAUCGGCCAGGCGCUCGGCGGGCACAUGCGCCGCCACCGGGCUGCCGAUCAGACAGACGGCGGCAGCCUCGGCACCGGGCUCACCCCGAAAUACGACAGCGGCAAGACGGCCGCAUCGCCGGCCGAGCUGGUUCUGGACCUUAACGCCGUGCCGGAGCUGGAGGAGGAGCAGGAUCACGCCAAGCUGGAGCUCUCCAUCGAAUUUCCCGUAGCAGUAGUUGACUUUCACGCACGCUAAGAAAUAACGUGGAAUAGAUUGAUCUUCUCGGUUUCAUUUUUCAAUUAUUAUUUACAUAAAUUACAAAAUUACACAUUAAUCAAGCCGCUCUAGAGGUCAACCUCGAAACGUUAGAAAUUACAGGAUACAUUAGUAAUUACAUGAUACAUGCUCUCUCUCUCUCUCUCUCUCAUGCUUUUAGUGGUCUAGGCCUGCCCUAUAUAGCAUGGUUUGGCUUUCUGCAAUGUUUUGGGUUAUGUAUCCACACACAUAUAUUUCAAGGGCUUAAUAAUAUACGCGUACAUAUCUUUUCUCC